AUGCCCCUCUCCCUCUCUCUCCCUCUCUCUCCCUCUCUCUCCCUCUCUCUCUCUCUCUCGCCUCGGCCUGGUGUGCGGCACACAGACGGUCGUCGUCCUACAGUCGUCCGAGCUAGCGGCCAGUCCGAUCUGCGCACAGCGGGAGCGGCUGCCUCCCUCUCCCUGACAGCGAACCUUGACGCAAAGGGUGGUGAACGCCUAGCGGUCGCCGAGCCCUGGACGAUUACAGAUAGGUACCCUCAAAGGGUCUACCCUAAUUGCAAAUCCGUCUGCCCACCCACAGGAUCCCAUGCGCAAAUCUCGGCAAAUUCCAACGAAGACCGGCCCACUUCGGCCGGUACCAAAGCAAAGGUGGAUCCGUCCAACGGCCCGCACACCACCAUGCCUACGGCCCUUCGGGGCCCGAUUGGCCCAGACGGGGCCGCCGUUCCGAUGGUCGGCGUCCGAGUCAGAAGGCAGACCGCCUUCUCACGUAUCCAAGACAAUCUCGCGUGUCUUUCGAGAGCCACUCACACAUUGUGA